UUUCCUCUACCCUUCCCCUCGUUCUUUGAUUCUUUUUAAGCCCUACGGUGCCCCUCGUUUUGUCCAUUACCUGGAGGUCCUGCAUUAUGGAGAGCAAUCUACUCGAAGGCCUGCUCGAUCUGGAGGAAGAAUUUUAUAAGGAAGGCUAUGACCUAGGAGCUGCCGAUGGUGCUCAAGCCGGUUACACCGAGGGCAGUGUGUUCGCUGUCGAGAAAGGAUUUGAAAAGUUCAUCGAGCUGGGAAGGCUCUACGGCAAAGCCCUGGUCUGGUCUCAACGACUGGCCGAGCCAGGCCUGUCCAAAACUAGAGAACUUCUCCUGGUAGAAUCUCAGUUAUUUAGUGAGAAGGAAGAUGCUCAUUUGAAGCCGCCUACCUGCAAGGAGAUGCCGAGCUUUCCACCUAGUUCCAGGCUAGCAAAGAAUAUCGACACGCUUCUUGAACUGGUUGACCCAGCAUCUCUACUUAUGCAGAAUACAGAAGAAGCCGUCACCGAUGUGGAUGAGCGUGUGAAGGGUGCUAUAAUCAAGGCGAAGCUGAUCCAGCGCGCACUGGGAGAACGGGAAGAUCCUUCGGACAUACACCCCGAUGCAAGAGACUCCCAAACACAAAACUCCGGGGAUGGAACUGGCAGUAUUGAAGAUAUCAGUUCCCUGAAGAUACACCAUUGAAUGUCUUUAUUCACAACAACAGGGCCUCUCUGCCCCUACCUAUCAGAGUAUCUCCGAUCGGCGGCUGAAGCUCGAUCGAACAAGACAGGACCUGAAACUUGAUCAGUCAUUUUUCUCGAAAUGUCUCUACUAUGG